GGUAGCCCAAAACAAAUCCUCUACAGGACUCUUGAAGGCCCAUCGAGGCGCUUUUUCAAAUGGCCUACAGUCAGCUCCAGAAACCUGCCAACCAGAUCUGCAACAAUGAGACGGCCCACUGGCCAAUGAAGUACCACGGUGAGCACAAACAAAGCGACUACAAUGUUGUGAAAUGUCAGACUCAGUGUCAGGCAGAAAAGUAUGCACAGCACGGGUAUGGAUCAGGCACUCAUGGAUACGCAAAUAGCCACACACCAGGCACUUACACCUAUCCAAAUGGCCAUGGAGGGGCCUACCCAAAUGGCCACGGAACGGCCUACCCAAAUGGCCAAGGAGCAGCCACUCACUACCCCCUAAAUGGCCACUCAGCGGUCACUCCCGGCCACUCGAGUGGCCAAAUGGCUGGCACCUGUAACAGCCAGCACUAUGGCCAUGGAGCAGGAGCUGCAGGGCAUGGAUCUUACGGUACUGCGGCAUGUUACGGUAAGAAUGAGAGAGGCCACAGAAAGAUGCACGACGGGACCUACAGGAGGAAGAAGAGGCAUGGAGAAUGUGAUGGUAGCAGCAGCGAGAGCGACAGUGAUGAUGAGUCCUACCGCUGCCCCUGAAAGGAUUGAGAAGCGAGGAGAAAUAUAAUAUCAAAAAAAAGCACUUGCAGGGAUAGCGGACUAAAGAUAGUAAGAAUAAGUCCCCUCGUCCUAUAAUAAUAGUGCACUAUUUACUAGUCACUUCUCAAUUAGGGGGUGUCUCCUAUCCUUUGUAAGAAUAAUGCUUUCAAUAAAAUUCUAAAGGAAUAUUAAACGUGGUUGGCAA